AUGGCAGAUCCGGAGAAGAAGGAGCGGCUUUCCGCAGAAUACGACAGAUCAGGCCCAUCCUCGCCUACAAUGCCUGUCCUACCUACGGUGAACCCUCAGGUGGAGAAGAAAAUACAAGAGUCGCCUGCAAAUAAGAUACAUCCGGCAUUCUUUGUGAUAUUAUGGAUAUCUCUGAGCUCAAGCGUCAUCAUAUUCAACAAAUGGAUCCUGGAUACUGCCAAAUUUCACUACCCAAUCACCCUCACAUGUUGGCAUCUCGUCUUUGCGACCUUGAUGACGCAGGUAAUGGCCCGCACUACGAAAUUGCUCGAUGGGCGAAAAACAGUGAAAAUGACCGGACGAGUCUACGUUCGGGCUAUCGCCCCAAUCGGCGCCGCCUUCAGUCUGUCCCUGAUCUGCGGUAACGUCACGUACUUGUAUCUCAGCGUUGCGUUCAUCCAGAUGUUAAAGGCAUGCACACCGGUGGCAGUCCUUUUGGCCGGCUGGUCAAUUGGCAUACAAAAGCCCGACAUGAGAAUCCUCCUCAACGUUUCAGUCAUCGUUGUUGGCGUGAUCGUGGCUUCGUUUGGUGAGCUUCAAUUCGUCCUCGUCGGAGUCCUCUUCCAAAUUGGCGGGAUCAUCUUCGAAGCCAUCCGAUUGGUCAUGGUGGAUCGCCUUCUCAACGGCGCAGAGUACAAGAUGGACCCCCUGGUGUCAUUGUACUAUUACGCACCUAUCUGUGCUGUCAUGAAUUUCUGUGUCGCUCUCGUAUUUGAGCUGCCCCGGAUUCAAUUGUCUGAAGUGUACAAUGUCGGUCUGUGGAUAUUACUCAGCAAUGCUCUCGUAGCAUUCGCACUAAAUGUUUCCGUUGUCUUUUUGAUUGGUCGAACAUCCGGCCUAGUUAUGACUCUCUGCGGUGUCCUUAAGGACAUCCUCCUCGUCGGCGCCUCUGUCGCUAUCUGGGGUACCCCAAUCACCCUUCUUCAAGGCUUCGGCUACAGCAUCGCCCUCUGCGGACUGGUCUACUACAAGCUUGGCGCCGCGACACUCAAGGCUCAGCUUUCUGACGUCCAGAGGUGGUGGGGAGAAUAUGGACAGCGACGCCCUGUCAUGAAGAAAUUGAUUGUCUUUGCCUCAUCUCUCUGUAUCAUAUUCAUCAUGGUGGCCAGCAUAGCGCCUUCUGUUGGCUAUGACACAACUUAUGUUACCAGCGUGGUGAAGGAGCAUACGAAGAGCAAAACUCCAGACCAGUGA